GGUGGUCGCGCUUGCAUCUGUAAGAAAGUUUUAUGGUAUAGAAAAGGAGAGCAAGACACGAAACGAAGGCAGCAGCGAUUUCACAUUUACUUUUAUAGACCUGUGACUGACUGAUUGAAGACCGUCAGCUCCAAUGAAGGCAUUCAGACACUCAAGAACGUACGUAAUGGAAAACUUUUUCUCGUCACGACUCGCGAGUUCGCAGGUUCGAAUCGCUUUCCCUGAACUAUAGCCAUGGCAAGGGUCUAGAGGGCUUUUUCAUCUUCGCACCAGGUCCAAAACGGUUUUCUCCGCAAUGCAGCAAGGCUUCAUGACCAUGCCGACGACGGACCUCUGUGACAAGUACUAUGAGGAGAUAAUCACCGGUGGUACAGUCCGCGUCUUGGCGCCAGCUUUCCAAGUGUACGGGAAGCGUCGUUCCUUCUCGGGUCCGGUGACAACUCUUAAGGUUUUCGAGGACAACUCGCUGGUUCGUGCGGCUCUGGAGCAGCAGGGUGAUGGAAAGGUGCUGGUCGUGGACGGAGGUGGCAGCCUGAGGUGCGCGCUGCUGGGAGGAAACCUGGCAGCGAUGGCUUCGACCAAUGGCUGGGCAGGAAUUCUAGUGAACGGAUGCGUCCGAGACGUGGAAGAGAUCAACGCGGUGGAAGUGGGAGUGAGAGCGCUGGCUCCGCAUCCACUCAAGAGCUUCAAACGAGGACAGGGCGAGAAGGACGUGGCUGUGGUCUUUGGUGGCGUGAGGAUCUUACCAGGAGAGUGGUGCUACUCGGACAUCGAUGGAAUUCUCAUUGCCAACAAAAAGCUUUGAUCGCUCCAACAAGCUCGAAGUUGCGACGCUCGUGUUAUGGAGCACCAAUAAGGAAGUAAAAACAAAACAAGGUACCCGCGUUUUCGAUCA